AUGUCGCUGCCCUUGAACGCCAGCUUGCUCCGGCUCAAACUCCUAGACGCCCUUCGGCUGGGGGCCACCGACCGCCUCGACGCCUUGUACCAGCAGUUGCGCCUGAUCGAGCCCACCACGACCACCACCGACGUCGUCAAGUUGCGCGAGACCGUCCUCCACUACGCCGUGCAAGUGGCGCCGUUUCUGACGAUCCAGUACAUCGUCGAGAACCCCUCCCGCUUCCCCGAUGUCGACAUCAACGGCCAGGACGACCAGGGCAACACCCCGCUCCAUUUGGCGGCGGCGGCGCUGCGGUUGGACGUCGUCAAAUACUUGCUCAGCUUGCCGCAAAUCAAUGACACCGUGGUCAAUCUGAAUAAGAAACAACCUGUGGAGGUGGCUAAGGACGUCAAUGUCGCCCAGCUCAUGCAAUUUGAGCGGGCCAAGUUCGUGGAAGCGCUGGCGGCGAAAUUGAGACAAUACUUCAGCGCUCGCGAUUUCAACAACUUGGAUAAGCUUUUAACCCAGAACCCGAGGGCACUGGAGCUUUUGGAUAUCAACGGCGCCGACCCGGAAACCGGCAAUACCGUAUUGCAUGAGUUCAUCCAGAAGGAUGACGUCAAGAUGGUGGAAUGGAUCUUAAAACACGGCGGCGACCCGUUCAAGCGCGACAAAAAGGGUAACUUGCCCGUGGAGUUGAUCCACAAGGGCCUGGACCCGCAGUUGAAGCGUUUACUUAAAGAAGCCAGCCAGGAACAAAACAUCAUGGACCCCGUCAUUCAAGGUACCGGACCCGGUGCCGGCCAGCGCCACGCCACCGCUCCCACUUAUAAGGGCUACUUACACAAAUGGACCAACUUCGCCUCCGGGUACAAGCUCCGGUACUUCGUGUUGGACCAAGCCGGGGUGUUGCUGUACUACGCCAACCAGGACGACACCGCCUCCAACGCCUGUCGCGGGUCGCUCAACUUGGGCUACGCCCAGCUCCACCUCGACUCGCUGGAAAAGUGUAAGUUUGAGAUCAUCGGCAAAAACGGCAUCCACUGGCACUUACGCGCCAACCACCCGGUCGAGACUAACCGGUGGGUGUGGACGUUGCAAAACGCGAUCACCGUGGCUAAAGACGGGCUUAAACGCCGCCAAACCUCGGGGACCUCGUCUACGGGGAUGGUGCCGCCGCAGUUACCUACACGGGGUCUGUUUGAACUGGACCGGUCUCAGAAUCUGACCCAUACUCAGGACCUGACCACCAAGAGAUUACGCCGUAAAUUGCGUGUGGGACGCUCCAAGAACAAGAAUAAGGCCCAACUGCCAGUGGAACCGACCCAUUUCACCCGUACUGAUAACGCCGCCCCCGCCGGCUACUACGACGGCAUGGAGGACUUUGACCUGGAAACUGAGGGCAACGACGAGGAAGACGACGCGCAAAAUGGACCCGACACGUUCGCCCUGGACGUACAGCUGGUGACGCGGGCGUUGGAGGUGCAAUUGGCGUCGUUACAGGAAUGUUUCCGCCACAUUGCCGAGCCCGAAUUGCAGCUGGCAGGGCUCCGUACCGUGGGUGCCAUCUCUGAGCUUAUUGGCACCUACCACGGGCUCGUGGCUCAGCGCGAUGUCCGGGUGCUGAAGCAGCUUGAACGCCAGUUGGAGGUGAACCGAUUAUGGGAGAACCUGAUCCACCAGCUCGAGGCCGAGAUCCAGCAGCGAGAACAAAAGAUCGACGAGUACGACGGCCGCCAAAAGCAACUCAAGAAGUUGUUUACCACGCAACUGGGUACCGGCGGCGUCGACGAGACCGCCGUCGCCGAGAUCUUCCCGGACGACCUGGACGACGAGUUCUUCGAUGCUCUGGGCCAAGAACUGAUCAACUCCGAAGUGGAUGACACCGGCGAGUUGCUUGCCCCGAGACCGGCUCAGCCGCAGUCGACGACCCCCAUUGUCGCUACUACUGUGGCUAAGACUGCCGCGGUGGAUACUGACUCGGCUCAAGCUCAAUCCGGUCAAAACGCCACUACGGGUUACAUCCUGCCGCUGCAGAUGGCGAGAAACAUGGGUACCCCUGACAGAGACCACCCCCUGCCCCACAGCCACGAGUCUCAUCCCCACCCUAACCACGAAACUCACCUCCCAGAACACCUGUUGGAAGGCUCUGAUGCCGUCAUUGACGAAAUGGACGUGAUCCCUGAGCGCAGAGUGCCCCUGGCGCCUCACUCUCAACACCACGCCUACGCGGCGAGAGCGACGCCUCCUCCUCACGCGUCGCAGGAUACCGAGGCUGUUGUCCCUCAGCACCAGGAAUUGGCCGCUCCCAGACAAGCCCCGCCUCCCAUCCCGCAACAGGCUCCUCCCCCCAUCCCUCAACAACAAAGCCACCAACAAAGCCAGCAUUUGCCGCCUCAGGUACCCCAACAAGCGCCUCCUCCCAUCCCUCAAGGAGCUCCCCCCGUUCCUCAGGGUGGUGUGCCUCAGCAAUUGCCCAAGCAACGGUCGUCUCAGCAAGUUCCUCAACAGCCUCAGGGCCAACACCCUUCGUCCAACGGAGCCGGUGUGGCUGCUGGUGCUGCCGCUGGAGCUGGCGUGGCCGGAGCUGCUGGCAUCGCUGGUAGACAGGAUGAAUCCGUUGACCCCCGUGAAGCUCAACAGCCUCCUCAACAGCCUCCUCAACAGCCUCCUCAACAGGGUAAACAAGCGGUGGAUGACCAACAACCACAGGAGGCAGCCGCGCCUCAACCUCAGGCUAAUGGCGACGUCAAACUCGACAAACACUUUGCCAAUGAGGCUCAGGAUGAAGUGGCUCUCGUCAUCAAGAAGGAAGGUCUGUUCCUCGGUUACGAGAACCCUCCCAGAACCAAGCUUGCCCUUGACGAAGACGACCGGCCCAAGGUGGGUCUUUGGGGUAUUCUUAAGUCGAUGAUUGGUAAGGAUAUGACGAGAAUGACGCUUCCCGUGCUGUUCAACGAGCCGUCGUCGCUUUUGCAACGGUUGGCCGAAGACAUCGAGUGUGCCUACUUGCUUGACGAGGCUGCCAAGUACGACGAUCUGACGUUGCGUUUGAUUUACGUGGCGACCUUCGCUGCUACUGAAUACGCGCUGACGAUCGGCCGUAUCGCUAAGCCCUUCAACCCGUUGCUUGGGGAAACGUUUGAGUACGCUCGUCCCGACCAGAACUACCGGUUGUUCACUGAACAAGUGAGUCACCACCCUCCCAUUUCUGCCUGUCACGCCGACUCGCCCAAGUGGACCUACUACGGGGAAAAUGCCGUUGACUCUCAGUUCAAGGGGCGCAGUUUCGACUUCAAGCACUUGGGUAAGAUGUUCUGUAAGAUCAGACCCGAUAACGGCGUCAAGUUGCCCAACGGUGAAGUGGUGCAAGAAGAAUUGUACUCUUGGAAGAAGGUCAACACCUCGGUGGUGGGGAUUAUGCUUGGUAACCCCACCGUGGAUAACUACGGUUUGAUGGAAGUGCGGAACCACACCACCGGUGACGUCAUCGAAGUCAACAUGAAGCAAAGAGGGUGGAGUGCUAAGCUGGCGUACCAAUUGAGCGGUACUGCUGUCGAUGUCAAGGGUAAGGCCCAAUGGGCGAUGGGCGGCCACUGGAACUCGAAGAUCUACGCCAAGAAGGUCGACUCGUCGCACGACCGCAAGCUGCUGCUUGUUGAGUCCCAGGACCUGAAGGUGGGCACUGACCCGUACGGGGGCGGCAAGUUCUUGGUGUGGCAAGUGGCGCCGCGUCCUAACGUGCCGUUCAACUUGACGUCGUUCGCCGUUACUUUGAACAACCCCGACCCCAAAUUGUUGCCGUGGGUGGCUCCUUCCGACACCCGUUUGCGUCCCGAUCAGAGAGAUAUGGAAGAAGGGCGUUACGACCAGGCUGCUGAUGAAAAGCACCGGUUGGAAGAAAAGCAAAGAGCUGCGCGCCGGCAGCGGGAAGCCAGUGGCGAAAAGUACAAGCCUCUCUGGUUCACGCAGAAGAAACACCCCGUCACCGGUGACAUGUUCUGGGACUAUAAUGGCGAGUACUGGCCGAAGAGACGCGACCACCAGCUCAAGGGCACCACCGAUAUCUUUUAG